UACAUUUUUAUCUUUAGUAAAUAUAAUUCCUUCUUACAUCGUCAUACUGCGAUUAAGCCCACAUUGGACAGCUGGGUGUGUGAGGAAAUCAUAACUUGUUGUAACAAAACAUUGCUGAUAUUUGUUGAAACAAUACUCUUUACAAUGAAAAGGAAAAUCUUGGCCUUACUUCGAGCAUUCUUUGUUAUACCAUUUAUGGCAGGAACCAGACGAAACAGUUCCGGUUCGUUCCGCUUCUAUGAUUGUAGCACUUCAUCCAUAAUCAUGUUCCUGCUACUUCUUGCAUCGAUAAUCGUCUUCACCGGAAGUCUUUCAAUCGAAAGUGGAGCAAUGCAGCGUGUGCAAGUAAUUAAAGUGUUUUUGAUACUCACUGACACAACCGGUAUUGUAAUGUGUGCUCUGAUUGGUCACCUUAUCUACAAGAACGGUGUUCCAUCUACCGAGUCGUCGGGAUCUCAAAGUAUCAAACCAAAGUAUAUACAACUGGGCUUCGUUUGGCUGUUUGCAAUAUUGUCAUCAGUAUUCUUCUGUUUUAAAGCUGCUGUCGAGAUGCAGUGCUGGAAUUCCUUCUCUCCGACGCAGAUUGCUGAUUCCAUUCUCCGGGUUAUAUUAAUCUUAAGCCAAUCCGCAGUACUGCGAUAUCUUCAAUCAUACAAAAUAGAAGGAAUAUCGUUAACAAAAUAUGCAAUACGAGUUUUAAUUGGUGUCAAUGUUUGUCUUUGGGUAAACACAUUCAUCCGUGACAAAACAUUAUUGAACAAAAAUACUCCAACGGAUCAUCAACAUAACAUUUCCGAUUGGAUAGAGUGUGCUCUAAAUUCUACAUCCGGGUUACUUUACUAUAAGUCGAAGAAAUUCCUUCUUCCGGCUUGUGUGGAGUUUAUGUUAUUGUGCAUUACUUUGCUGACUGAAAUCAGUUCUCUGCCUUCCUCAGAUAAUGAGACCAUCGAAGAAAUGGAUGAGAAACAUAGCGACGAAAAUUCACUGAACAUUGGGUAUGAAGAAAACACUCCUCUUUUACCAACAGUGGCUCAGAACAACAGGCAUGUUGUUAGGUCAUCAAUAUAC